UUUGGGGUCGCUACACCCCAAAUCACUCACCUCCACACAAUUAGUAUGUAGUCGGAGAUUUUUCCUUCUCUCAUCAUCAUUAUUUGAAAAACGAAACAGAGCCACGGGAAGCAUUCCUCUCAUCUUUAUCUAUCUUUCUUUUACUUCUCAACUCUAAACACUAGAUUUGCUUGACUCCUUCGUGCUCUCUUCUAUCGCAUAAACUAUGCACAAGAAUCAACUCCUCCUCCUCCUCCUUUUUCUACAUCGAUCUUUUAGCAUCGCCAUCGAAAAUAAUCGGUGCACCACCUCUUGCAGCAAGGUCGCGAACAUAAGCUACUCGUUUUGGCUGAGGGGCGACCCCAAGAGCUGCGGUAACCACAAAUAUGAGCUAGCAUGUGUAAAUAAUCGCACUGUUUUGGAUUUGUACUCGAGCCAGUACUAUGUACGGCACAUUGACUAUACCAACUUCACCAUUAGGAUCGCCGAUGUCGGGCUACCAAAGGGCAAUUGCUCAUCUCUUCCUCUCCGCUCUUUGUCGUGCCCCAACUUCCGGUACAAACCGCAUUGCUAUGAAUGUGGGCCAUACACGUGCAUAAGUCCAAAGUUAUCCAAGACCAUGGCGAUCGUGGACUGCACUAAGGCUGUUGAUUCUCGAUUUAACAUCGACGCUUCCUCGUGCCUUGAUGGGAUCAAAUUUUUGGAUUUCUCUAGUACGAGAAGGCGAGUAUAUGCCAUGGUCGAUGCGAAUGUCUCGUAUGUGGAAAUUUCAUGCACUGUAGAGCUUAUGGCCAUGAUACCAGGUUGGGUUGAUGGUAACAAUCUUCGUUCCUAUGCGCAAAUUCAUGAUCUGAUGGUUUAUGGGUUUGAGCUUUCCCGGCUUCCAGUUGCUUGCAAGAUUUAUGGCCAACAUUACUAUGAUUGCGACAUCAACAAAAAGGGCCAAAUUCACUGCAGACACGAGAAAGGAAAAAUUAUCGAUUACCUCCUCAUUAUCGGCUUGGCUAUGGGGACGAUCUCGUUAUAUGGCAUCGUGCCAUUCAUGGUUGUGAAAUUUAUCUUGGGAACCCCAUGCGUGAUGAUGUUGCUAAUAUGCAAAUGGAGGAGAAGACACUUAGCAAUGGAUCGAAACAUUGAAGAAUUUUUGCAAUCUAACAAUAACUUCUUGCCGAUAAGGUACUCUUAUUCGGACAUCAAGAAAAUCACGAGUGAUCUAAAGGACAAACUAGGCGAGGGAGGGGACGGUUCCGUGUUCAAAGGAAGACUUCGGAGUGGCCGUGAGGUGACAGUGAAGAUUCUAAAGAAGGGGAAUUCAGACGGGCAGGACUUCAUCAGUGAAAGCUACAAUCGGAAGAAUUCGUCAUGUUAAUGUGGUUGGACUCAUUGGUUUUUGCUUUGAUGGCUCCAAACAAGCUCUUGUCGAUGAUUUCAUGGGCAAUGGGUCUUUGGAUAAGCACAUCUUUACACGAGGACAAGGGACUUCUCUUGAUUGCAAAGAAGUGUACGAGAUUGCUCUUGGAGUGGCUAGAGGGAUUGAGUAUCUUCAUCGAGGUUGCGACAUGCAAAUUCUACACUUUGAUAUUAAACAUCACAACAUUCUUCUUGAUAGGGAUUUCACCCCAAAAAUUUCCGACUUUGGGCUCGCGAGAUUGUAUCCCACGGACUACAACACCGUGUCUCUAACUGCUGCGAGAGGAACCUUGAGAUACAUGGCUCCGGAGUUAGUCUACAGGAACCUCAGGGGCAUCUCUUACAAAGCUGAUGUCCACAAUGUUAGGAAAUUGUCGAUGGAAAUGGCCAGUAGAAGGAAGAAUCUAGAUGCAUAGGCAGAGCAUUCAAGCCCGAUUUACUUUUCUUUAUGGGUUCAUGAUCAACUUUAUGAAGUAUUGGAUGUUCCAGUGGAAACAAGUUAGAGAGGAGGAUAGGAGAAUAGUAAUGACAUGAUACUAGUUGCUUUUUGGUGCAUUCAAUUGAAUCCAAGUGAUUGCCCUUCAAUGUGCAAAGUUCUGGAAAUGCUAGAAGGAGAAGUAGUUGAUCUACAAAUACUCCCAAGCCACUUUUUUAUCCGGCAGAAAUGUCAACAAGGGAUGGUGGAACUUGAACUAA